AAAUAUCUAGCAGAAGCCAAUAAAUUCAAGUUUGUUAAAUCACACAGGAGUUGAGGCAUACAGAGCUGAUUUACCUAAACACGAUCAAAGGACCUGAAAUUUUUGCAGAGUUAGCAGAUAUUGCAAGAAACACUCUAUGAUAAUGGUCAAAACUGAACUCUGGAGUCGGACUAUUCAGGUUCAAAUCCCAGCUCCACCACCUACUGAUUAUAUAACCUUAUUCAUAUUCACUUAAGCGUUCUGUGCCUCAAUUUCUUCAUUUGUAAAAUGAGGUUAAUAAUAUCCUACCUGGUUGUUGUAUCAAAUGAUUUAAUACAUAAAGUGCUCAGAACAGUGAGCACUUGGUAUGUGGUAAGCACUUAAUAAUUAUCAGCUCAUACUUUGUUAGUUUUGCAUAAUAAGAUAUGUUUUUAUUCAAUAUUGAAAGCAUAUUUGUUUCCUUUUUCUAUUAUGACAAAUAUAAUUAUUACUUCCUCCCACAAUUUUUCCUCAAAAUAAAUUCUAUUUCUUUUCAGAAUACAUCCUCUGUCAGCCGCUAAGCAUUAUUCAUUAGCCAUAAUCCACUGAACAAACAUCAGUUCAUUUACAGUAUAUUUUACCUUUUCUUUCAUUAGUCUUCCAAAUUAUUGAAAAUAGUCCAGAAUUUUAUCGAUACUUUCAUAGUUUUAUGUAUAGAGAGCCAUCACUUUAGAUAACUUGAGAUUCAGAAAAAUUUCAGUUUGUCAGCUUUAAGACAGAAAAAGAAACCAAUGUCAAGGGGAAAAAAUUGAAAUAAAGGGAAAAUACUUGAUAUCUAAAUCACGCCCUUUUGUUGUAUGCCCAGUUAUAUUGCCAGGUUACAUGGAUGAAGAACUUGCAAAAAAAUCAUGUUCCAAAAUCCAGAUUCUAAAAAAUGGAGACACUGCAAGUUCUCAGAACAGCCAAGAAAAAAACGAGGAAGCACUAAAGAAUGACAUCAUAUUUAUGAAUUCUGUUGAAUGCUUGAUAGCAACACACAUAAAGGAGCCAAAAAGAGAAGGAAAAGGCACUGAUUUAGAGAAAAACAAGAUAGGAAUGAAAGUCAAGGUAGACAGUGACACUGGAAUACCAAAAAGACAGAAAAUCCAACUAAAAAACAGUGAGAUGAGUGUACCAAAAGGACAGGAAGCCCAAAUAAAGAAGAGUGAGGCAGGUGUACCAAAGGGACAAGAAGCCCAGGUAAAGAAGAGCGGGCCAGUUGUACUGAAAGGACAGGAAGUCCAAGUACAGAAGAGUGAGAUGGGUACGCCACGAAGACCAGAGUCCCAAGUCAGGAAGAGUGAGGCAGGUGUACCAAAGGGACAAGAAGCCCAGGUAAAGAAGAGUGGGCUGGUUGUACUGAAGGGACAGGAAGCCCAGGUAGAGAAGAGUGAGAUGGGUGUGCCAAGAAGACCUGAGUCCCAAGUAAAGAAGAGUGAGUCAGGUGUACUGAAAGGACGGGAAGCCCAGGUAGAGAAGAGUGAGGCAAAUGUAUCAAAAGGAGAGGAAGCCCAAGAAAAGAAGAGUGAGUUGCAGGUACAAGGACAAGAAGGCCAAGUAGAGAAGAGUGAGGCAGAUGUGCCAAAGAAACAGGAGGUCCCAGAAAAGGAGAGUGAGGCAGGUGUACUGAAAGGACCAGAAUCCCAAGUAAAGGACACUGAAGUGAAUGUACCAAAAGAACCGGAAUCCCAAGUGACGAACACUGAGGUGAAUGCACCAAAAGAACCGGAAUCCCAAGCGACGAACACUGAGGUGAGUGUACCAAAAGAACCGGAAUCCCAAGUGACGAACACUGAGAUUAGUGUACCAAAAGGACCGGAAUCCCAAGUGGAGAACACUGAGGUGAGUGUACUAAAAGGACAGGAAGACCAAGAAAAAAAGGAGAGUUUUGAAGAUAAAGGAAAUAAUGGUAAAGAAAAGGAAAGACACGCAAAGAAAGAUCCAGAUAAAGAAGAAAAAGGUGAUAAAAACACAAAAGGUGAUGAAGGAAAAGGCAAAGUUAAAGGAAAGAGAGAAUCAGAAAUCAAUGAUGAAAAAUCAAAAGACUCGAAAAGGGCAAAGGCAAGUAAAGGAAAGAAGGAAGACAAAAAAGUGGAAGAAUAAGGAUAGAGUUUUUAAAGGCCUGUAAGACAAGUGAUUAUUAUGAUUCCCAUCCUCCAGGUACAAACUAUAUCCCAGCCAUUGCCUAAACAGAUUAUAAUUAUAAAAUCCCUUUCAUCUUCAUAUCACAGUUUCUGCUCUUCAGAAACUUAAAUCUUUCAGCCACAAACCUCAGUUUCCAAAUAUUUGCUUUGUAACUUAAUACAUAUGUGACUCAGUCAAGAAAGACUGGACACUUUCUGAAGUAAAACAUUUUAAUUAAAGAAAUGUAUAGUAAUUCUUUGACAAGUAUGUCUAUGAUAGCCUCCCCAACCAAUCAACCAAUAACUUCUCAUGGCAAGCCUAACGUUUGCAAGGCGCUGGUCUAGCAAUAAGGGGUGUACAGAAAAACACAAGUCAGAGUUCCUGUGAUCAA